UGCCGCAUCUGGGCCCAGUAAACAGGAAGACGAGGACUAUGAAGACGUGCCCAUAAAUAAGACAUGGGUGUUAUCACCGAGGGUCUACGAGAGCGAUGUGACUCUGAUCCUGAAUAAACUGCUGGAGGGCUACGACAACAAACUGCGGCCUGACAUCGGAGUGAGGCCAACAGUGAUUGAAACCGCAGUAUAUGUCAACAGCAUUGGACCGGUGGACCCCAUCAACAUGGAGUACACCAUUGACAUCUUCUUCGCCCAGACAUGGUACGACAGCCGACUGAAGUUCAACAGCUCGAUGAAGCUGCUCAUGCUCAACAGUAACAUGGUAGGCAAAAUCUGGAUUCCUGACACGUUCUUCAGGAAUUCUCGCAAAUCGGACGCCCACUGGAUCACCACUCCCAACCGCCUCCUGAGGCUGUGGAGCAACGGCAGAGUCAUGUACACACUGAGGUUGACUAUUAAUGCGGAGUGUUACCUUAAGCUGCAUAACUUUCCAAUGGAUGAACACUCGUGUCCACUGGAGUUUUCAAGCUAUGGUUAUCCUAAGAAUGAGAUCAUGUACCGGUGGCAGAGACGGGCAGUGGAGGUGGCAGAUCAGCGCUACUGGAGACUCUACCAGUUCGCCUUUGUAGGGUUGAGGAACACUUCAGAUGUGGCACACACCCAGUCAGGUGAAUAUGUAAUCUUGACAAUCUUUUUUGACCUGAGUCGGAGAAUGGGCUACUUCACCAUCCAGACCUAUAUCCCCUGCAGUAUGAUCGUGGUCUUGUCCUGGGUCUCCUUCUGGAUCAACAAAGAUGCCGUCCCAGCCCGCACAUCUCUAGGCAUUAUGUCCAAGCAGAGGCGUUUUGAACCCUAG